AUGAAGCUCAUCACCGUCCAUCACUUAACCACCAUGAAGCUCAUCAUCAUCCAUCACGUAACCACCAUGAAGCUCAUCAUCAUCCAUCACUUAACCACCAUGAAGCUCAUCAUCAUCCAUCACUUAACCACCAUGAAACUCAUCACAUCCAUCACUUAACCACCAUGAAGCUCAUCACCAUCACUUAACCACCAUGAAACUCAUCACCAUCAUCACUUAACCACCAUGAAACUCAUCACCGUCCAUCACUUAACCACCAUGAAGCUCAUCACCAUCAUCACUUAACCACCAUGAAGCUCAUCACCAUCUUCACUUAACCACCAUGAAGCUCAUCACCAUCCAUCACUUAACCACCAUGAAACUCAUCACCGUCCAUCACUUAACCACCAUGAAGCUCAUCACCAUCAUCACUUAACCACCAUGAAGCUCAUCACCAUCUUCACUUAACCACCAUGAAGCUCAUCACCAUCAUCACUUAACCACCAUGAAGCUCAUCACCAUCUUCACUUAACCACCAUGAAGCUCAUCACCAUCCAUCACUUAAACACCUCUGAAUGCUUUUCCACGUCGUAGUAGUAGUUCAACGUAGCAUAUAAUGGUGUGACUCCAAAGUUUACUUCAAUAUACUGAACAAAUAUAUACACUGCAUUCGGAAAGUAUUCAGACACCUUCCCUUUUUCCACAUUUUGUUGCGUUACAGCCUUAAUCUAAAAUUGAUUAAAUAAUGUUUUCCCCUCAUCAAUCCACACAAUACCCCAUAAUGACAAAGGGAAAACAGGUUUAUAGAAAUGUUUGCAAAUGUAUUAAGAAUAAAAAACAGAAAUACCUUAUUUACAUAAUAAGUAUUCAGACCAUUUGCUAUGAGACUCGAAAUUGAGCUCAGGUGCAUCCUGUUUCCGUUGAUCAUCCUUGAGAUGUUUCUACAACUUGAUUGGAGUCCACCUGUGGUAAAUUAAGUUGAUUGGACAUGAUUUGGAAAGGCACACACCUGUCUAUAUAAGGUCCCACAGUUGACAGUACAUGUCAGAGAAAAAACCAAGCCAUGCGGUAGAAGGAAUUGUUCGUAGAGCUCCGAGACAGGAUUGUGUGGAGGCGCAGAUCUGGGGAAGGGUACCAAAAACUUUCUGCAGCAUUGAAGAUCACCAAGAACACAGUUGCCUCCAUCAUUCUUAAAGGGAAGAAGUUUGGAACCACCAAGACUCUUCUUAGAGCUGGCUGCCCGGCCAAACUGAGCAAUCGGGGGAGAAGGGCCUUGGUCAGGGAGGUGACCAAGAACCCCAUAGUCACUCUGACAGAGCUCCAGAGUUCCUCUGUGGAGAUGGGAGAACCUUCCAGAAGGACAACCAUCUCUGCAGCACUCCACCAAUCAGGCCUUUAUGGUAGAGUGACCAGACGGAAGCCACUCCUCAGUAAAAGGCACGACAGCCCGCUUGGAGUUUGCCAAAAGGCACCUAAAGGACUCUCAGACUAUGAGAAACAAGAUUCUCUGGUCUGAUGAAACCAAGACUGAACUCUUUGGCCUGAAUACCAAGCGUCACGUCAGGAGGAAACCUGGCACCAUCCCUACGGUGAAGCAUGGUGUUGGCAGCAUCAUGCUGUGGGGAUGUUUUUCAGCGCCAGGGACUUGGAGACUAGUCAGGAUCGAGGGAAAGAUGAACGGAGCAAAGUACAGAGAGAUCCUUGAUGAAAACCUGCUCCAGAGCGCUCAGGACCUCAGACUGGGGCGAAGGUUCACCUUCCAACAGGACAACGACCCUAAGCACACAGCCAAGACAAUGCAGGAGUGGCUUCGGGACAAGCCUCUGAAUGUGAGUGGCCCAGCCAGAGACCGGACUUGAACCCGAUCGAACAUCUCUGGAGAGACCAGAAAAUAUCUGUGCAGCGACGCUCCCCAUCCAACCUGACAGAGCUUGAGAGGAUCUGCGGAGAAGAAUGGGAGAAACUCCCCAAAUACAGGUGUGCCAAGCUUGUAGCGUCAUACCCAAGAAGACUCGAGGCUGUAAUUGCUGUCAAAGGUGCUUCAACAAAGUACUGAGUAAAUGGUCUGAAUACUUAUGUAAAUGUAAUAUUUCAGUUUUUUAUUUUUAAUACAUUUGCACAUUUCUAAAAAACUGUUUUUGUUUUGUCAUUAUGGGGUAUUGUGUGUAGAUUGAUGAGGGGAGAAAAAUGCAUCUAUUUUAGAAUAAGGCUGUAACGUAACAAAAUUGGAAAAAGACGAGGGGACUGAAUACAUUCCGAAUGCACUGUAAAUGCAACACGCAGCAAUUUCAAAGAACACCUCCCAAGAUCUCCAACAUGCCAGUGUCCAUCGAAGGUGAGCAUUUGCCCACAUUUGCCCACAGUUACGACGCCGAACUGCAGUCAGGUCAAGACCCUGGUGAGGACGACGAGCUUCUCCGAAACGGAUUCUGACAGUUUGUGCAGAAGUUCUUCCGUUGUGCAAACCCACAGUUUCAUCAGCUGUCCUGGUGGCUGGUCUCAGAUUAUCCCGCAGGUGAAGAAGCAGGAUGUGGAGGUCCUGGGCUGGCGUGGUUACACGUGGUCUGCGGUUGUGAGGCCGGUUGGACGUACUGCCAAAUUCUCUAUAACGACGUUGGAGGCGGCUUAUGGUAGAGAAAUGAACAUGCAAUUCUCUGGCGGCAACAGCUCUGGUGGACAUUCCUGCAGUCAGCAUGCCAAUUACACACUCCCUCAAAACUUGAGGCAUCUGUGGUAUUGUGUUGUGUGACAAAACUGCACACUUUAAAGUGGCCUUUUAUUGUCCCCAGCACAAGGUGCACCUGUGUAAUGAUCAUGCUGUUUAAUCAGCUUCUUGAUAUGCCACACCUGUUAGGUGGAUGGAUUAUCUUGGUAAAGGAGAAAUGCUCACUAACAGGGAUGUAAACAAAUUUGUGCACCAAACUUUAGAGAAAUAAGCUUUUUGUGCUAAUGGAAAUGUUCGGGUCUCUUUUAUUUCAGCUCAUGAAACAUGGGACCAACACUUUACAUGUUGCGUUUAUAGUUUUGUUCAGUAUAUAUCAAUAUUUGCAUAUAAAGGAGUUUCCACCACACUUGUUGCAUAAUUAAUUUUACUGUCUGUCGACAUUUGUGAAAUUGUACCUACACUUUGUGUUUCCAUCACACCUGUGUUGAUAUGGUAUGACUUUACAGACAAAUCAACUAUGGAAGGAAGCAGAGCGAUAGUGGAGGGAUUAUUCUGUCUCUGCUCUUUCAGGAUUAUUCUGUCUCUCCUCCUCUGCUCUUUCAGGAUUAUUCUGUCUCUGCUCUUUGAGGAUUAUUCUGUCUCUGCUCUGCUCUUUGAGGAUUAUUCUGUCUCUCCUCCUCUGCUCUUUGAGGAUUAUUCUGUCUCUGCUCUGCUCUUUCAUGAUUAUUCUGUCUCUCCUCCUCUGCUCUUUGAGGAUUAUUCUGUCUCUCCUCCUCUGCUCUUUGAGGAUUAUUCUGUCUCUCCUCCUCUGCUCUUUGAGGAUUAUUCUGUCUCUCCUCCUCUGCUCUUUGAGGAUUAUUCUGUCUCUCCUCCUCUGCUCUUUGAGGAUUAUUCUGUCUCUCCUCCUCUGCUCUUUGAGGAUUAUUCUGUCUCUCCUCCUCUGCUCUUUCAGGAUUAUUCUGUCUCUCCUCCUCUGCUCUUUUAGGAUUAUUCUGUCUCUCCUCCUCUGCUCUUUGAGGAUUAUUCUGUCUCUCCUCCUCUGCUCUUUGAGGAUUAUUCUGUCUCCUCUGUCCAUCUCCUUCUCUACUGUUCUUCGCCAGGUUUCUUUUGGGCGAUAUACGAUUGUAUGAUGUAGCUAGCUAGUUUGACCUAUACAGUGUAUGGUUUGACAUAUUGUCAAUGUAAUCAAGCUAACAAAUGUAUUAUUAGGUACGUUGGCGAGUUUAGCCAUCUAGCUAAAAUCUAAUUGGUUAAAUUGUUCCAACCUCAAAAGCACUCAAAUGCAUUCAUGACGUCUUCACCACCUGGCUACGUUCCUGAACAGCGUCUGAACACACCAUAAACUCCUCCCACUGCGGUCUACCUCCUCCCACCUCAACUGUAACUCCUCCCACCUCAACUGUAACUCCUCCCACCUCAACUGUAACUCCUCUCACCUCAACAGUAACUCCUCCCACCUCAACUGUAACUCCUCCUACCUCAGCUGUAACUCCUCCCACCACACUGCACCACUUUAGUCACAUGCAUCCCAGCACAUAUAAAAUGUUUGGUAUCGUGGAAUGUGUUUCUGGACGAUGGACGAUGGCAUGUUGUCGUAUAGAUCAGGAAGUAUGACCAUUAGACAACUUCUAACCUUUACAUUAUGAUCCUUACCCCCGAUAACAUCAAGACGACAGAGAAACGCAUUAAAUGAAAGACCAUAUUGUAUAGUGUGUAACUGGAGUUAGACUGAUGUCCUGACCGUGUGUGUAACGAAGGUCCAUACACAGCAAAUUCCGAUCGGUAAAUUGAACACCAGAAAGAACACUUUGGAAAUGUCGAUUUAUCAGGGGAUCUGUAGCUCCUCCUUCCCUGAGAUUCUAUCAGGAAAUAGAUUACCUUCCCUGAGAUUCUAUCAGGAAAUAGAUGACCUUCCCUGAGAUUCUAUCAGGAAAUAGAUUACCUUCCCUGAGAUUCUAUCAGGAAAUAGAUGACCUUCCCUGAGAUUCUAUCAGGAAAUAGAUGACCUUCCCUGAGAUUCUAUCAGGAAAUAGAUGACCUUCCCUGAGAUUCUAUCAGGAAAUAGAUGACCUUCCCUGAGAUUCUAUCAGGAAAUAGAUGACCUUCCCUGAGAUUCUAUCAGGAAAUAGAUGACCUUCCCUGAGAUUCCAUCAGGAAAUAGAUGACCUUCCCUGAGAUUCUAUCAGGAAAUAGAUGACCUUCCCUGAGAUUCUAUCAGGAAAUAGAUGACCUUCCCUGAGAUUCCAUCAGGAAAUAGAUGACCUUCCCUGAGAUUCUAUCAGGAAAUAGAUGACCUUCCCUGAGAUUCCAUCAGGAAAUAGAUGACCUUCCCUGAGAUUCCAUCAGGAAAUAGAUGACCUUCCCUGAGAUUCCAUCAGGAAAUAGAUUACCUUCCCUGAGAUUCUAUCAGGAAAUAGAUGACCUUCCCUGUGAUUCUAUCAGGAAAUAGAUGACCUUCCCUGAGAUUCUAUCAGGAAAUAGAUGAAGUGCAAUGCUGGAGAGAUGAGUUGCAGGCUCAUGUCUAUCAUUAACAAAGAGGCAACUCCAAUGAACUUUGAUCACUUUUAUUACAAUAUCUACAUUGUGAAAAUAAUUGUUCAUGCCAUGAGAGGUACCGGAACGAGACAGUCCAAAAUGGAGAGGUGCCGGAUCCUGUUCCCUUUUAACACACAGUGUACAUUUCCUAACACUAAUGGUGUAGAUAUUGAACACCAACUUUUGAGUGUUGUCCAACUGAUACUUUCCAACACCACACAGCAAAUUCACCAGUGUUAAAUUAAACACUGGUCCAGUGUCUAAAUGGGUCCACACUUUUCAGUGUUAAAUUAACACACUGCUUCGUGCAAUGCCUUAUUUGCAUAUUUCCCAAAGUGCAAUGUACAUGCAAAAACACAGAUAUUGAAACAAAUCAUUCUAAAAAUCAACCUGCAGUGGAGCAUUCUGGGUAAUAUGAUAAUGAUGAGCGUGAUUUUGAGUGUUGCCUGUGUUAACACGGCAACAUCCUGAUUGAACAUCAGUAUUUUUAGGAUAUGAAAAACAGUUGGUGUUCAUAGUUAGAUUAGUUAUACAAAGUGACACCAAAACUGCUUACAUCAGGAUAUGAACACUGGUGAUGUUGCUGUGUACAGCGCAGCAGGAUGUUGUGAAGUGAAGUAUGGUACUGUUGUGGCUGUGGUGUCGGCAGGGUCAGGUCAGGGUCAGGUCAGGGUCAGGGUAAGGUCAGGGUCAGGUCAGGGUCAGGUAAGGUCAGGGUCAGGUCAGGGUCAGGGUAAGGUCAGGGUCAGGGUCAGGUCAGGGUCAGGGUCAGGUCAGGUCAGGGUCAGGUCAGGGUCAGGUCAGGGUAAGGUCAGGGUCAGGUCAGGGUCAGGUCAGGGUCAGGUCAGGUCAGGGUCAGGGUAAGGUCAGGGUCAGGUCAGGGUCAGGUCAGGGUCAAGGUCAGGUCAGGGUCAGGGUCAGGGUUAAGGUGAUUAAGUAUUUGGGUUAAGCCUAAUUUCCAUUUACACACCGUUUGCUCGGUCGCCUUGAAACAAAAUGAUGUAAUAUUGAACGUCUGCUCCCAUCCGCACAUUUCCGCGUGGACUCUGAAAUCUCUGCGGGAGCUGAAAUGUCUUGAGUCAAUAAGUAGUCAAUAAAAAAACAAAACAAAAAACAAGUAUUCAACCCCUUUUGUUAUGGCAAGCCUAAAUAAGUUCAGGAGUAAAAAUGUGCUUAAAAAGUCACAUAAUAAGUUGCAUGGACUCACUCUGUGUGCAAUAAUAGUGUUUGACAUGAUUUUUGAAUGACUACCUCAUCUCUGUACCCAACACAUACACUACCUCAUCUCUGUACCCAACACAUACACUACCUCAUCUCUGUACCCAACACAUACACUACCUCAUCUCUGUACCCAACACAUACACUACCUCAUCUCUGUACCCAACACAUACACUACCUCAUCUCUGUACCCAACACAUACACUACCUCAUCUCUGUACGCAACACAUACACUACCUCAUCUCUGUACCCAACACAUACACUACCUCAUCUCUGUACCCAACACAUACACUACCUCAUCUCUGUACCCAACACAUACACUACCUCAUCUCUGUACCCAACACAUACACUACCUCAUCUCUGUACCCAACACAUACACUCAUCUGAAAGGGCCCUCAGUCGAGCAGUGUUUCAAGUUUCAGGUUUUAAGUUCCAAGUUUAAAUGUCACGUGCACCAGUACAGUGAAAUGCCUUUCUUGCAAACUCAAAACCCAACAAUGCAAUAAUCAAUAACAAAGUAUUACUAGAAAAAAACACGAGAAAUAAGAAUAGAAAAUAUGAAAUACACAAUAAAGUAAGUAAGUAAGCAACUAUAUACAGGAAAUAUUUAGUCAGUUCAAUACCAUAUUAACAAUGUGCAGGGAUACUGGAGUGAUGGAGGUAGAUAUGUAUAGGGGUAAGGUGACUAUAUACAGGGUCAGUUCCAGUACCAUAUUAACAAUGUGCAGGGAUACUGGAGUGAUGGAGGUAGAUAUGUAUAGGGGUCAGGUGACUAUAUACAGGGUCAGUUCCAGUACCAUAUUAACAAUGUGCAGGGAUACUGGAGUGAUGGAGGUAGAUAUGUAUAGGGGUCAGGUGACUAUAUACAGGGUCAGUUCCAUACCAUAUUAACAAUGUGCAGGGAUACUGGAGUGAUGGAGGUAGAUAUGUAUAGGGGUAAGGUGACUAUAUACAGGGUCAGUUCCAGUACCAUAUUAACAAUGUGCAGGGAUACUGGAGUGAUGGAGGUAGAUAUGUAUAGGGGUCAGGUGACUAUAUACAGGGUCAGUUCCAGUACCAUAUUAACAAUGUGCAGGGAUACUGGAGUGAUGGAGGUAGAUAUGUAUAGGGGUCAGGUGACUAUAUACAGGGUCAGUUCCAUACCAUAUUAACAAUGUGCAGGGAUACUGGAGUGAUGGAGGUAGAUAUGUAUAGGGGUCAGGUGACUAUAUACAGGGUCAGUUCCAUACCAUAUUAACAAUGUGCAGGGAUACUGGAGUGAUGGAGGUAGAUAUGUAUAGGGGUCAGGUGACUACAUACCGGGUCAGUGCUUUCAAAGCACUUCAUGAUCACAGCAGUGAUGCUACAGGGCGGUAGUCAUGGUGGCAUGAAGCCUUAGAGUUGUUGGGAACAGGAAUGAUGGUGGCCAUCUUAAAAAUGGGGAUUACAGACUGGGACAAGGAGAGGUUGGAAAUGACUGGGAAUAUACCUGCCAGCUGGUCUGCUCUGAGACUGGGAAUAUACCUGCCAGCUGGUCUGCUCUGAGACUGGGAAUAUACCUUCCAGCUGGUCUGCUCUGAGACUGGGAAUAUACCUGCCAGCUGGUCUGCUCUGAGACUGGGAAUAUACCUUCCAGCUGGUCUGCUCUGAGACUGGGAAUAUACCUUCCAGCUGGUCUGCUCUGAGACUGGGAAUAUACCUUCCAGCUGGUCUGCGUACGAUCUGAGACUGGGAAUAUACCUGCCAGCUGGUCUGCGUACGCUCUGAGACUGGGAAUAUACCUGCCAGCUGGUCUGCGUACGCUCUGAGACUGGGAAUAUACCUGCCAGCUGGUCUGCGUACGCUCUGAGACUGGGAAUAUACCUGCCAGCUGGUCUGCGUACGCUCUGAGACUGGGAAUAUACCUGCCAGCUGGUCUGCGUACGCUCUGAGACUGGGAAUAUACCUGCCAGCUGGUCUGCGUACGCUCUGAGACUGGGAAUAUACCUGCCAGCUGGUCUGCGUAUGCUCUGAGACUGGGAAUAUACCUGCCAGCUGUUCUGCGCAUGCUGUGAGACUGGGAAUAUACCUGCCAGCUGGUCUGCUCUGAGACUGGGAAUAUACCUGCCAGCUGGUCUGCUCUGAGACUGGGAAUAUACCUGCCAGCUGUUCUGCGUACGCUCUGAGACUGGGAAUAUACCUGCCAGCUGGUCUGCGUACGCUCUGAGACUGGGAAUAUACCUGCCAGCUGUUCUGCGCAUGCUCUGAGACUGGGAAUAUACCUGCCAGCUGGUCUGCUCUGAGACCGGGAAUAUACCUGCCAGCUGGUCUGCUCUGAGACUGGGAAUAUGCCUGCCAGCUGUUCUGCUCUGAGACUGGGAAUACGCCUGCCAGCUGGUCUGCUCUGAGACUGGGAAUACGCCUUCCAGCUGGUCUGCUCUGAGACUGGGAAUACGCCUUCCAGCUGGUCUGCUCUGAGACUGGGAAUACGCCUGCCAGCUGUUCUACGCAUGCUCUGAGAACGCGCCCUGGUGGCUGCAUCAUGUUAUGGGUAUGCUCUGAGACUGGGAAUAUGCCUGCCAGCUGUUCUACGCAUGCUCUGAGAACGCACCCUGGUGGCUGCAUCAUGUUAUGGGUAUGCUCUGAGACUGGGAAUAUACCUGCCAGCUGUUCUGCGUACGCUCUGAGAACGCGCCCUGGUGGCUGCAUCAUGUUAUGGGUAUGCUCUGAGACUGGGAAUAUACCUGCCAGCUGGUCUGCGUACGCUCUGAGACUGGGAAUAUACCUGCCAGCUGGUCUGCGUACGCUCUGAGACUGGGAAUAUACCUGCCAGCUGGUCUGCGUACGCUCUGAGACUGGGAAUAUACCUGCCAGCUGGUCUGCGUACGCUCUGAGACUGGGAAUAUACCUGCCAGCUGGUCUGCGUACGCUCUGAGACUGGGAAUAUACCUGCCAGCUGGUCUGCGUACGCUCUGAGACUGGGAAUAUACCUGCCAGCUGGUCUGCGUACGCUCUGAGACUGGGAAUAUACCUGCCAGCUGUUCUGCGCAUGCUCUGAGACUGGGAAUAUACCUGCCAGCUGGUCUGCUCUGAGACCGGGAAUAUACCUGCCAGCUGGUCUGCUCUGAGACUGGGAAUAUACCUGCCAGCUGUUCUGCUCUGAGACUGGGAAUACGCCUGCCAGCUGGUCUGCUCUGAGACUGGGAAUACGCCUUCCAGCUGGUCUGCUCUGAGACUGGGAAUACGCCUUCCAGCUGGUCUGCUCUGAGACUGGGAAUACGCCUGCCAGCUGUUCUACGCAUGCUCUGAGAACGCGCCCUGGUGGCUGCAUCAUGUUAUGGGUAUGCUCUGAGACUGGGAAUAUGCCUGCCAGCUGUUCUACGCAUGCUCUGAGAACGCACCCUGGUGGCUGCAUCAUGUUAUGGGUAUGCUCUGAGACUGGGAAUAUACCUGCCAGCUGUUCUGCGUACGCUCUGAGAACGCGCCCUGGUGGCUGCAUCAUGUUAUGGGUAUGCUCUGAGACUGGGAAUAUACCUGCCAGCUGGUCUGCGUACGCUCUGAGACUGGGAAUAUACCUGCCAGCUGGUCUGCGUACGCUCUGAGACUGGGAAUAUACCUGCCAGCUGGUCUGCGUACGCUCUGAGACUGGGAAUAUACCUGCCAGCUGGUCUGCGUACGCUCUGAGACUGGGAAUAUACCUGCCAGCUGGUCUGCGUACGCUCUGAGACUGGGAAUAUACCUGCCAGCUGGUCUGCGUACGCUCUGAGACUGGGAAUAUACCUGCCAGCUGGUCUGCGUACGCUCUGAGACUGGGAAUAUACCUGCCAGCUGUUCUGCGCAUGCUCUGAGACUGGGAAUAUACCUGCCAGCUGGUCUGCUCUGAGACUGGGAAUAUACCUGCCAGCUGGUCUGCUCUGAGACUGGGAAUAUACCUGCCAGCUGUUCUGCGUACGCUCUGAGACUGGGAAUAUACCUGCUAGCUGGUCUGCGUACGCUCUGAGACUGGGAAUAUACCUGCCAGCUGUUCUGCGCAUGCUCUGAGACUGGGAAUAUACCUGCCAGCUGGUCUGCUCUGAGACUGGGAAUAUACCUGCCAGCUGGUCUGCUCUGAGACUGGGAAUAUACCUGCCAGCUGUUCUGCUCUGAGACUGGGAAUACGCCUGCCAGCUGGUCUGCUCUGAGACUGGGAAUACGCCUUCCAGCUGGUCUGCUCUGAGACUGGGAAUACGCCUUCCAGCUGGUCUGCUCUGAGACUGGGAAUACGCCUGCCAGCUGUUCUACGCAUGCUCUGAGAACGCGCCCUGGUGGCUGCAUCAUGUUAUGGGUAUGCUCUGAGACUGGGAAUAUGCCUGCCAGCUGUUCUACGCAUGCUCUGAGAACGCACCCUGGUGGCUGCAUCAUGUUAUGGGUAUGCUCUGAGACUGGGAAUAUACCUGCCAGCUGUUCUGCGUACGCACUGAGAACGCGCCCUGGUGGCUGCAUCAUGUUAUGGGUAUGCUCUGAGACUGGGAAUAUGCCUGCCAGCUGUUCUACGCAUGCUCUGAGAACGCACCCUGGUGGCUGCAUCAUGUUAUGGGUAUGCUCUGAGACUGGGAAUAUACCUGCCAGCUGUUCUGCGUACGCUCUGAGAACGCGCUCUGGUGGCUGCAUCAUGUUAUGGGUAUGCUCUGAGACUGGGAAUAUACCUACCAGCUGUUCUGCGUACGCUCUGAGAACGCGCCCUGGUGGCUGCAUCAUGUUAUGGGUAUGCUCUGAGACUGGGAAUAUACCUGCCAGCUGGUCUGCACAUGCUCUGAGAACGCACCCUGGUGGCUGCAUCAUGUUAUGGGUAUGCUCUGAGACUGGGAAUAUACCUACCAGCUGUUCUGCGUACGCUCUGAGAACGCACCCUGGUGGCUGCAUCAUGUUAUGGGUAUGCUCUGAGACUGGGAAUAUACCUACCAGCUGUUCUGCGUACGCUCUGAGAACGCGCCCUGGUGGCUGCAUCAUGUUAUGGGUAUGCUCUGAGACUGGGAAUAUGCCUGCCAGCUGGUCUGCGCAUGCUCUGAGAACGCCCCCUGGUGGCUGCAUCAUGUUAUGGGUAUGCUCUGAGACUGGGAAUAUACCUGCCAGCUGGUCUGCACAUGCUCUGAGAACGCACCCUGGUGGCUGCAUCAUGUUAUGGGUAUGCUCUGAGACUGGGAAUAUGCCUACCAGCUGUUCUGCGUACGCUCUGAGAACGCGCCCUGGUGGCUGCAUCAUGUUAUGGGUAUGCUCUGAGAUUGGGAAUAUACCUGCCAGCUGUUCUACGCAUGCUCUGAGAACGCGCCCUGGUGGCUGCAUCAUGUUAUGGGUAUGCUCUGAGACUGGGAAUAUACCUGCCAGCUGGUCUGCGCAUGCUCUGAGAACGCACCCUGGUGGCUGCAUCAUGUUAUGGGUAUGCUCUGAGACUGGGAAUAUACCUACCAGCUGUUCUGCGUACGCUCUGAGAACGCGCCCUGGUGGCUGCAUCAUGUUAUGGGUAUGCUCUGAGACUGGGAAUAUACCUACCAGCUGUUCUGCGCAUGCUCUGAGAACGCGCCCUGGUGGCUGCAUCAUGUUAUGGGUAUGCUCUGAGACUGGGAAUAUGCCUACCAGCUGUUCUGCGCAUGCUCUGAGAACGCGCCCUGGUGGCUGCAUCAUGUUAUGGGUAUGCUCUGAGACUGGGAAUAUGCCUGCCAGCUGGUCUGCGCAUGCUCUGAGAACGCGCCCUGGUGGCUGCAUCAUGUUAUGGGUAUGCUUGUCAUCGGCAAGGACUAGGACUUCUUUUGUACCCAAAGAAACGGAAUAGAGCUAAGCACAGGGAGAAUCCUAGAGGAAGACCUGGUUCAACCUAAAACACAAGGCCAAAUAUACACUGGAGUUUCUUACCAAGACAACUUUGAAUGUUCUUGAGUGGCCUAGUUACAGUUUUAACUUAAAUGGGCCUGAAAAUCUAUGGCAACACUAGAAAAUGGCUGUCUAGCAAUGAUCAACAACCAAGUUGAUAGAGGUUAAAGAAUGUGUAAAAUAAUUAUAUGUAAAUAUUGUUCAAUCCAGGUGUGGAAAGCUCUUAGAGACUUACCCAGAAAGACUCACAUCUGUAAUCACUGCCAAGGUGAUUCUAACAUGUACUGACUCAAGAGGUUCAAUACUUAUGUAAUGAAGAUAUUUGAUUUUUCAUAUAUAUAGUUUAUCUUCCACUUUGACAUUAUAUUAUUUUGUGUAGAUCGUUGACCCCCCCAAAAAAGACAAUUAAAACCUCUAAAAGUAUUAUUAUUAUUAUUUUGGGGGGAGGGGGGGGGUAUUCUACUAAGCUAACAUAUGGAAUUGUUUUAAGAUGGUCAUACCAUGGAUCAUUUAGCUAUUUGAUUUUUAAUUUUAGGACCCCUUUCAGGUAUUGACAAAUGUUACAAAAGUAUUAUUAUUUUGAUAAAAUAUUGACUUUGGCCUUUAAUACUAUAGCCCAUAGAAAUGAUUUGAACAACACCUUCAUCAAUGGCCAAAAAGACAGUCAAAAGAUAAAUCAUAAAGAAUAAGGUUUUGAAGUGUCUGUCCUUUAUCCAGGAGACAUAAGAAAGAUCAGGAAAUAUAUAUACAGCACCAGUCAAAAGUUUGGGGUCACUUAGAAAUGUCCUUGUUUUCGAAAGAAAAGCAAUUUUUUUGUCCAUUAAAAUAACAUCAAAUUGAUCAGAAAUACAGUGUAGACAUUGUUAAUGUUAUAAAUGGCUAUUGUAGCUGGAAAUGGCUGAUUUUUAAUGGAAUAUCUACAUAGGCAUACAGAGGCCCAUUAUCAGCAACCAUCAAUCCUGUGUUCCAAUGGCACGUUGUGUUUGCUAAUCCAAGUUUAUCAUUUUAAAAGGCUAAUUGAUCAUUAGAAAACCCUUUUGCAAUUAUGUUAGAACAGCUGAAAACUGUUCUGCUGAUUAAAGAAGCAAUACAACUGGCCUUCUUGAGACUAGUUGAGUAUCUGGAGCAUCAGCAAUUGUGGGUUCGAUUACAGGCUCAAAAUGGCCAGAAACAAAUAACUUUCUUCUGAAACUCGUCAGUCUAUUCUUGUUCUGAGAAAUGAAGGCUAUUCCAUGCGAGAAAUUGCCAAGAAACUGAAGAUCUUGUACAACGCUGUGUACUACUCCCUUCACAGAACAGCGCAAACUGGCUCUAACCAGAAUAGAAAGAGGAGUGGGAGGCCCUGGUGCACAAUUGAGCAAGAGGACAAAUACAUUAGAGUGAAACAGACGCCUCACAGGUCCUCAACUGGCAGCUUCAUUAAAUAGUACCCGCAAAACACCAGUCUCAACGUCAACAGUGAAGAGGCGACUCCGGGAUGCUGACCUUCUAGGCAGAGUUGCAAAGAAAAAGUCCAGUGUCUGUGUUCUUUUGCCCAACUUAAUCUUUUAUUUUUAUUGGCCAGUCUGUGAUAUGGCUUUUUCUUUGCAACUCUGAAGGUUUCUUUUGAAACAAGGACAUUUCUAAGUGACCCCAAACAUUUGAACGGUAGUGUAUAUUUUUUAUGACAAAGGAUUUAACCCAUUAUUUUUGGGGGCACCAAACUACCUCCAUGCUUCCAUUCAUUUGUAUGGGUUACGUUCAGACGAGUUGGGGGUUGUUACCUUUAGAGGAGGGGGGUUGUAGAGCAAAACGGAGAGUCUCCAAUUUCCUGAGUGGGGUCAUAUUAGUUCCAAACCGUUCGGGCGCUACAGAUGUUUUCGUGAGAAGUCCGAUUUUCGGGAUGUCUCACGGUCUGACAAGCAUCGCUCUAGCUCGAAAAGCAUCUCUCUGGCUCGGAAAGCAUCUCUCUGGCUCGAAAAGCAUCUCUCUGGCUCGGAAAGCAUCUCUCUGGCUCGGAAAGCAUCGCUCUGGCUCGGAAAGCAUCUCUCUAGCUCGGAAAGCAUCUCUCUGGCUCGGAAAGCAUCACUCUAGCUCGGAAAGCAUCUCUCUGGCUCGGAAAGCAUCGCUCUGGCUCGGAAAGCAUCGCUCUAGCUCGAAAAGCAUCUCUCUGGCUCGGAAAGCAUCUCUCUGGCUCGGAAAGCAUCGCUCUAGCUCGGAAAGCAUCUCUCUGGCUCGGAAAGCAUCUCUCUGGCUCGGAAAGCAUCGCUCUAGCUCGGAAAGCAUCUCUCUGGCUCGGAAAGCAUCGCUCUAGCUCGGAAAGCAUCUCUCUAGCUCGGAAAGCAUCGCUCUGGCUCGGAAAGCAUCGCUCUAGCUCGAAAAGCAUCUCUCUGGCUCGGAAAGCAUCUCUCUGGCUCGGAAAGCAUCGCUCUAGCUCGGAAAGCAUCUCUCUGGCUCGGAAAGCAUCUCUCUGGCUCGGAAAGCAUCGCUCUAGCUCGGAAAGCAUCUCUCUGGCUCGGAAAGCAUCGCUCUAGCUCGGAAAGCAUCUCUCUGGCUCGGAAAGCAUCGCUCUGGCUCGGAAAGCAUCGCUCUAGCUCGAAAAGCAUCUCUCUGGCUCGGAAAGCAUCUCUCUGGCUCGGAAAGCAUCGCUCUAGCUCGGAAAGCAUCUCUCUGGCUCGGAAAGCAUCUCUCUGGCUCGGAAAGCAUCGCUCUAGCUCGGAAAGCAUCUCUCUGGCUCGGAAAGCAUCGCUCUAGCUCGGAAAGCAUCUCUCUGGCUCGGAAAGCAUCGCUCUGGCUCGGAAAGCAUCGCUCUAGCUCGAA